CCUGCCCGGCCCGGCCCGGCCCGGAGCGCCCUCAGCCCGGUCCCCUCCAGGGCCGCGGCCCCGGUGCCGGACGGGCCCCACGGGCCGGGUGUGGGCGCCCCCAUGUCGGCGCCGCUGAAGAAGGGCCCCGGCGGGCUCAUCGGGCUGAUGAAGGACGCGUUCCAGCCGCACCACCACCACCUCGGGCCGCACCAGCCCGGCGCCGUGGACAAGAAGAUGGUGGAGAAGUGCUGGAAGCUCAUGGAUAAGGUGGUGCGUCUGUGUCAAAACCCCAAACUGGCCCUGAAGAACAGCCCUCCCUACAUCCUGGACCUGCUGCCUGACACCUACCAGCACCUGCGCACCAUCCUGUCCCGCUACGAGGGCAAGAUGGAGACCCUGGGUGAGAACGAGUAUUUCCGCGUCUUCAUGGAGAACCUGAUGAAGAAAACCAAGCAGACCAUCAGCCUCUUCAAGGAAGGGAAGGAACGGAUGUAUGAGGAGAACUCUCAGCCUAGGAGGAACCUGACCAAAUUGUCCCUGAUAUUCAGCCACAUGCUGGCAGAACUCAAAGGGAUUUUCCCCAGUGGCCUCUUCCAGGGGGACACGUUCCGGAUCACCAAGGCAGAUGCUGCAGAAUUUUGGAGAAAGGCUUUUGGUGAAAAGACCAUUGUUCCUUGGAAAAGUUUCCGCCAGGCCCUGCACGAGGUGCAUCCCAUCAGCUCAGGGCUGGAGGCCAUGGCCCUGAAAUCGACCAUCGACCUGACGUGCAAUGACUACAUUUCAGUGUUUGAGUUUGACAUCUUCACACGACUCUUCCAGCCCUGGUCGUCUUUGCUGAGGAACUGGAACAGCCUGGCAGUGACUCACCCUGGGUACAUGGCAUUCCUCACCUAUGACGAGGUGAAGGCCCGGCUUCAGAAAUUCAUUCACAAACCUGGCAGUUACAUUUUCCGAUUGAGCUGUACCCGCCUGGGUCAGUGGGCCAUCGGCUACGUCACUGCAGAUGGGAACAUUCUCCAGACAAUCCCCCACAACAAACCUCUUUUCCAAGCACUGAUUGAUGGCUUCAGGGAAGGCUUUUAUUUAUUUCCUGAUGGCCGGAAUCAGAAUCCUGACUUGACUGGCUUGUGUGAGCCCACACCUCAGGACCAUAUUAAAGUUACACAGGAACAAUAUGAGCUGUACUGUGAGAUGGGCUCCACAUUCCAGCUGUGUAAAAUCUGUGCUGAGAACGACAAGGACGUGAAGAUCGAACCUUGUGGGCACCUGAUGUGCACCUCCUGUCUCACAGCCUGGCAGGAAUCAGAAGGCCAAGGUUGUCCCUUCUGCCGCUGUGAGAUCAAAGGCACGGAGCCAAUCGUGGUGGAUCCAUUUGAUCCCAGAGGAGGAGGAGGAUUGUCCAGGCAAGGGGCAGAAGGAACCCCCUCUCCCAAUUAUGACGAUGAUGACGAUGACAAAGCUGAUGAUUCCCUCUUCAUGAUGAAAGAACUCGCUGGUACCAAAGUGGAACGUCCUCCCUCGCCCUUCUCGGUGGCUCCUCAGGCCGCUCUCCCUCCCGUGCCACCCCGCCUGGACCUGCUGCAGCAGCGAGUGGCCAACCCCCCCGGGGCCUCCAGCCCUGGCACCACUUCCAAGGCCGCACCCGGUGCUCUGCACAAGGACAAACCUCUGCCGAUCCCACCCACGCUCCGGGACCUGCCCCCGCCGCCGCCCCCGGACCGGCCGCACUCGCUGGGCACCGAGAGCCGCCCGCAGCGACGGCCCCUGCCCUGCACCCCGGGGGACUGUCCCGCCAGGGACAAGCCACCCCCGCUGCCCUCCAACCGCCAGGGCGACCUGUGGCCAGCCAGGCCCAUCCCCAAAGCGCCGGCGGUGGCUGUGAGCGCCGCCGAGCCCUGGGCUGGCAGGGAGCUGUCCAACCGGCACUCGCUGCCCUUCUCGCUGCCCUCCCAGGCGGAGUCCAGGGCUGAGAACCUCCGGCUCGGCAGCACGCUCAGCCUGGACAACCCGGGGAGCUCCACCAGUGGUCCAGCAGCAACCUCAGAGUGUGAACACCCCAAAAUCAAACCCUCCUCAUCUGCCAAUGCCAUCUACUCCUUAGCUGCCAGACCGCUGCCUGUACCAAAACUGCCUCCUGGGGAGCAGUCUGAGAGCGAUGAGGACACGGAAUACAUGUCACCAUCCUCUCUGCCUGUGGUGCCUCCAGGUCCUGCUGUGCAAAAACCAGAGCUCAAAAUGCCUUUGGAAAUGACUCAGAGUUUACGAGUUUUGGACUGUGACCAGCAGCCCGAGGGCUCCAUGUAUGAAGCAAUGUACAACAUUCACUCCCAAGCAGCAUCCUCUGCUUUCGAGGCUGUCAACACUUCUGUGUUUGGAAAAUGGGGAAGCAGAGCCUGCCUUGAGAGACAGCUCAGCCCCAGAGCUCAGCACGUGCCUCCUCUUCCAGAUGAAGGGAACCUGGCAGCAGCCACUGCCAGCAACGGCCCUGAGGAGUCAGAGAAUGAAGAAGAUGGUUACGAUGUCCCCAAGCCACCACUCCCCGUUGCCAUUGCUCGUCGCACACUGUCUGAUAUCUCCAAUGCCACUCCUGCCUUCAGCCGAAUGUCCUUGGAAAACGACCCUGUCACAGGUUUUUCGGACGGCUCCCAAGUCCCCGAACGGCCGCCAAAGCCGCUGCCCCGGCGGAUAAAUUCCGAGCGGAAAGCCGGGAGCUGCCAAGCAGGAGGAGCCAGCAGCGGGGCCAGCUCCUCCCUGCACCUCUCCAGCGAGAUCGAGAACCUCAUGAGCCAAGGCUACUCAUAUCAGGACAUUCAGAAAGCUCUGGUCAUUGCACAUAACAAUAUUGAGAUGGCCAAGAAUAUUCUGCGGGAGUUCGUGUCCAUCUCCUCCCCGGCGCACGUGGCCACAUAGCACACGAGCACCUCCACACCUGAGCUGCUGUGGACCAACUGCCUGGGCAGCUGCUGCCCAGCUGUGCACCAAAGGGGAAGGGAGUUCCUUUAGAGACUUCGUGCUGAGGUCAGUCCUGCCUCUUUAAGAGAAUCAGUUAUCAGGUUUUCGUGGUUCCAGAUUUCAAAGCAGUGGGAUGAAACGGAGCGGUGUUUUAUACAGUGUGUGUCUUGGAGUCCUUUACCCCUACCUCUUGUCUGAGAGAACAGAUUUAUUUCCAGGGUGUUGGUAGACAAAGGUGUCGUGACAAGGGAUCCCCGAGCCCAUGCCCUGGAGGCUGGGGGGAGUUGUUUUGUGCUGUGAAUUUUAAGUGGAUGCUCAGAGAAACAAAGUCUCGAGGUCGGUGUGGUGUGUCCUGUGGUUCAUGGUACUAGGUUUGGAUCUGUUCACUGCUGUGUGUCUGGCUCAGGCUUUUUAGAGAAGCUGGGAGGUCACUUUCUGCUGGGAAUUUAUAGGAGACCUUGGAAGAAUCGUUUGAUUGCUUCCUGUUGGCCGUGGUGUGUCCCUCUUGCCUGUAAUAAUAGCAGUUAUUGCAUCUGAUUCCAGUCCUCCCUUGCUGCCUGGAUGAGCUUCUGUCUGGAGUUUUGAUAGCUGGAUGAGGUGCUAUUUUCUGAUAGCAGGAUGAGCUUCUGUCAGGGAUUUUGGUCCUGGCAGUGCUGGGAGUUGGAUUUCUCUCUGGUGUGUGUGUGUGUGCUCUUGAACUGGCAGCACCAGAUUCCAGCAGCUGCAGGAGCUCGGCAUGGUUUUGAGGGGUGGGAGAGGGGACAAAGAAUUUGAGCAAGAGCAAAGAACUGGGGCUGCUGCUUCUCCUCUCUUAGCCUUGAGCAUUUUGUGCUUCAGUGCUCAAAUUUGAUUUGUGGCCCUGCUGGGCUGGAGCAGCCGUCACUGGACACUCCCAUUGCUCUUCCCUAGGAAUGUUGCACCUGGUAAAUAGGAUGUUUUAUUUAUCUUCAUUGCAUGGUGGCUGUUGCAGACACACAUUCCUCCAGAGAGCUUUUGCAGGAGCCAUCGUCGUGCCAGGGUGUUUUGUGGAAUUGGUAAAUGCAGCUGAUGUGUUUGUUGGAAUCUCACCUGCUUUGCAGUCACAGAAGUGCAGCAGUUUCUCUGCAUGGCUGUCCAAACAACAUAGGAGCUCUCCUUUCCAUUUCCAUUUCUCUGAGGUAUUGCCAGGUCUGGUGAUAAAACAGACCCAGGGAAAAAAUGUGUAUUUGUGAAGUGAUCACAUGGUUUUAAAGGUCAGAACUCGGCUGCUGGGUUGGAAAAACCUGACUUGCCUACUCAGCUACUUAACUCUGUUCAUACUGGAGGAGUGGAUGGUUCCUUUGGAGAGGAUUUAGAUCCAGGAGGCACAGACAGAUCACAGCCUGACAGCCUGAGAGGCUCUUGGCCUUUGGAGCAUGUCCAGCAUUAUUUGCAUCUCCCUGAAGUCAGGAGAGGUCACCAGGCUAAGGACUGCAGGUUGCAAUAUUGCUGGAGUGGUUCUGGCAGCCGAGGGCAGUUUGGCCUUUUGAGGAAUCCAGAGGCUGGGCCAGAUGGCUGCAGUUGGCAGAGAGGCCUUCAGGAGUGUUAGCAGAGCAGAAAGUGGGUUUUUAAUUAGAGGUUUUUCUCUAGACCUACAGCUUUCUGAAUUGCUGCAAUGGCUUCCAGGCAGGCUGAACUGUCUCUCUUUACUCUCCCCUCCUUUCGGCAGUGGGGAAAAUGCUCUCAGACAGCGUGAGGAGAUGUGCCCUGCCCAGAGACCCCACGCUGAGGGGUGUCUUGGCUGUUUUGGGGUCAGGGCUGGCAGUGGGCAGGGUGCUCUGUGGGGCAUGGGGAAGAAGAAGGGGAAGAAGAGCUGCUCUUGCUCCUGUGCCCAGUGCAGCUGCCAGGGUGCCAGCCCUGCUCCCUGUGGGAGCCUCUGGAGGAGCAGGGCCAGCACUGGUGCUGCUGAGGCUGGAGCAGGGGACAGCUGCGGCUGUUGUGUCACACAAGGGAGCCUGAGCAGCCAAACAGUCCCUUGUCCUGGAGAUCCAGGUGCAAACCUUUUAGUGAGGGGUUUAUUUCCCUCUUUUUCGCUCUCCCCCUGGGCUCUGGGUUGUUCUGGAGGCGUUUGGUGUGUGACUGCUGCCAUGGCUGAGCGAGGGCUGAGCCCAGCAGCUCCAAAGCCUUAACUCUUGUCCUGCCCAGUGUGUGUGACCAGACCAGUGAUUCCCUGUCCCUUGCAAGCCCCUCAGGGCAGGCUGGCUGUAAUUUCCAUGAAAUCCUGCUUGGCAGAGCUGUUCCAGGCCUGUCUUUGGGGUCUAUGUGCCAAGAGAUGUUCCUGUGGGUGUUGUUUCAGGUGUUAGAGAUUAGAGAGCGAUCUUUGUGGCAUGUAUCACUGAUUUCUCUGCAUGUGUCCUUUCUGUGCACUUGUUUAUGUCUCAAACUAAUUUAAGAAACUUAAGUCUUGCCUUUUCUUCCUUAGACAAGCUAAGAAUUUUGCUGAUUCCACUGAGGGCAGCAGAGUCCUGGCCAUGUCUUGUGGCUGUGCUCUGCCAGCUCAAUCCAGGCACUGCCCAGUGGAUUUUUCUUGUUCUUUCUAAGCCCAAGAUCGAUUGCUCUUCUUUCCCUUCACCUCCCUCUUCUUUAAUCUUAAGAAAAUUAACUUUCUGAUGCUACUUUAAAAAGGAAAAACAACCCAAAUGUCUAGUGCCUUUCUGAAGGGGAUGCUGCGUGGCCAGGCUGGAUCCGGGAAUCCACCCCUGUGGGAAAACAAGCUGGACAAGCAGCAGGAAACUGCUUUGGGAAGGGGUGAGGAGGAGGAGCAGGAGAGAUGGGCAAUGCUCAGUUUGGACUCUGACACUGUGUUUUGUAGCAUUUCAGCCGUGGAGCUUCCGUGUCUGGACUGGUGCUGUGCCGAGCUCGGGGCAGGUCAGGAUUGUGGGGUUGGGGUGACAAAUGCUGGAGUUGGCCUCCAGCCGUCCCCAAAAGGAGCAGGAAACACUCCCAGAAAGGAAUGGGAAGCACUCCCAAAAGGAGCAGGAGCUGUGGGAAGCAGGAGGUGCCCUCCUGAGCAGGAUCCAGGUGAUUUCCUGUGUCCAGAGGUGAGCAGGAAUCCCAAAUCUUUCCCUUUUUUUGUGCAUGUCCUUGCCGCAGCCCUCCCCGGGGGCCAGGCAGGCUCAGGGCCCCACAUGUGGCUCCUGCAGACCGGGGACGUUUCUGUAGCUAAUCCUGAGGAGGGCUCCUGCCUGGAAAUGUGGUUUGAUUGAUCGGUUUGUUGGGUUUUUUGUUCAUUUCUGGUUGGUUUUUUGUUGUUGGUUUUUUUGUUUUUUUUCAGUUGAGCAAGAAAAAAUGCAACUCCCAGGGCACCUUCUCAAAGGUGCCACUUUAAAGAUUAGUGGGGAAUAAGGACAUUUAUUUUUAAAGUUCCUCCUAGAAAUCUUUUUUGUUUGAAAUUCCCAAUGGAGGAAGAACUGCUGUUACUGUUGUUCUUUCUCAUGGAUGACAAAUACCAAUUUGUAAAAUAUCAGUGUUAAAAAAAAUGUUGAGAUUGUCACGAGAUAUUUUAAAAAAAAAAGUAUAAUAGUGUCAUUAAUAUAAAAUUAUAAUAGCAGUAUUUAAUCCUUUCAGAUCUGUAAAGAAUAAGGAAAAACAGAAGGUAAAUAUUCUUACAGAGAGUAGCUGAGCUUUAAGAUUCACUUGGUUUAAAGUCCUCAUUUUGUUUGCAGAUGCAUUGUUAAUGUUUAGAGGUUAUACUAAUGUUAUUUAUUAAUUGUUUCCAUCCUUGUAUGCUGCCCACUAAGAGCUUCUUUGUUUGGGAUUUCAUUCACCUGUGUCAGUAAGAAAGAAAACAAAACAAAGUUUUAUUUUUAAAUAAAAUUUCCUUUGUUGUAGCAGA